GAAAAAGAAGCUGUCGCCAAACUUAAAGCGCUAAUUCCUGAAAUCAUAAAAGAUUCAGGAGUUCCGGAAAAUUAUACUCUUUGGGGUGUCUCUUUGAACAACGAAUCAACCGAUGAAAGACUUGAUGUCAUUCUCAUAAAGUUUUUGAAAGCCAGAAAUCUUGAUGUUAACCUAGCCAAAGAAAUGCUGAUCAAAUCUCUCAAAUGGCGACUUGAGUUUAAGGCCGAUGAAUUACUCACCGAAAAUUUUCCCGAAUCAGUAUUCGCAAAGGUUGGAUUCAUUCACAAACACGAUAAAAUGAAUCGUCCUGUUACUUAUAAUUUAUAUGGUGGGCUUGAUAAUCAAGAGGUUUUUGGAAAUUUGGACCGGUUUUUGCGAUGGAGAAUUCAACUGAUGGAAAAAGGAAUUCUUCAUUUGGAUUUUGUAAAGGUAGAUCAGAUUAUUCAAGUGCACGAUUAUAAUAAUGUAUCGAUGAUAAGUUACGAUAAAACAGCAAAAACUGCGAGUAAGAGUGUUAUUCAGAUCACACAGGAUAACUAUCCGGAAUUUUUGGUAAAUUAA